AUGAACAUAAUAGAAUUUUCUUUUAUCAUUGCAAUUCUUGUGAGAAGUCAGAUAGUUGUUGAUAUAGCCUGAAGCUCCUUCACAAAUCCGAAUUUCGCCUCAAAUUUAACUGCUUUACUUCACCAAAAUUUCCAAGAUCAAUUUGAAUUUAACUUGGCUUAUUUUGAUACCUCUUCAACUCAUCAACAGUUUCUGAACAGUCCAGAUCUAAUUUUUGAUAUUACCUUUAGUUCUUUUUUAUCACAAAGAAUAAGAGAAUACACUGCUGAAAAUCCUACCAUAAUAGCAAGUAUCAGCAAAUCAAUUGGCGCAUAUUCUGAUUGAGAAUUUUUUAUUCACAAUUCGUGGGAAAACCAAAUUGAAGCUUUAUCCAGUAUCAUUUCUUAUUUGAACUGGACAACUUUUAUAGUGAUUUCUGAUAAGAUUUAUAAUGAAGAUGAUGAGUUGUUUUUUAAUUGUUUUUCCAAAAAAGAUUACCAUUGAUUUUAUUUCGCAAAUAGCAAUGAUAAAAAUUCUUCGGACUUAUUUAUUGGAAAGGUAAUUCAGGCGAUCGGGAUAAAAAACAUUGUGAUAUUAAAUUUUGGGGAAAGCACAAACUUGCUGCUAAAAAGCCUAUCUCAGAAAAGUUUGCUCACUAAAGGAACUGGAGUUAUUGUAGGAAGUAAAGGCUCAUGGGGUUUGUAUGGAGAUGGUAUCAUUGCUUAUUCAGAAUUAGGAUUAGAAAGUGCUGAUAGUUAUUACAAAUAUGAAGGAUUAGCAUUCAUAAAAUUUUUGAAUUUAAUACUCAGCUUUCCUUUAGCAUCCAAUUCUUUGGAGUUAAUUGGGUUUUUAAACAAAAAUACAGUUGAUCAUCAUCCAUUCCCAAAUUUUACUCUAUUAAAUAUAGUCCAUGCUUGAUUUUAGAUCACAUAUACAAAAUACAAAGCAUGGCAAUCUCUCCCAAUUAGUUUUUUCAAGUUUACGCAGGUAAAUUACUUUAGAGUUGGCAUUUCUGCCUUUGAUCAGCCUGAGUUCUUAAAAUAGCCUUUGGGCCUUUUGUAAGCCAGCAAACUUGCUUUACUCCUCGUAGACUGAUUGCAACCAGUAGACCAAUUUAUUGGUGCACAAAAAGUUCAAUGGCCUAAACUUAUUGCUUAACAUCCAGACGAUCUAUAAUAUAGAAAGAGCUAUAUCGAAGAUAGUGAAAGAUCAAUCAAAGGAAAAAUUUAUAACGGAAAUUUAACGAUAUCAAAAUCCCUGAUCUAUCCAGGGAAUUCUUCAAUUAUUCCUAACUCCCCUACCACAGACAUAAAUAUAUGAAUCGCAGAUGGAACAAUAAAUCCAGGAGGUGACUCUGAUAUAUUGGCAACAACUCCAACAGCAGGAGCAUUUUAUGCUUUAAGCUAUUGAAAAAGUAUACAUUCCUUGGAUGGCUUUGAAGUCUCAGUAACUCAUACAGACUGUGGGGCUACAGUAUUUGAUUUGACUUAUGCAUACUCCUGCUUUUCUAAAUUACUAGCAACUCCUGGUGUUGGAUAUCUAACAUCUCUCUAUCCAUAUAUAGCCAUAGGUAACAUUUUGGUAUUAAGAUCUUUGAAUCUUUCAAUACCCCACAUUUCCCCUUAUGCUCCUUCAACUCUUUCUCUUAAUAACACCCUUUUCCCUGAGUUUAUGACAAUAAUAAAAGACGAAGCUUUCAAUACCCAGGUCAUUUUAGAUCUUGCAGUCAUUUUUGGUUGGAAGCAUUUUCUAGUCAUUUAUGAUAAAAAUAAUUUAAUGGCUUAUAACUUUUUUCUAUCAAAAGUCGAACAAUAUAACAUGAUCAUUGCAAAUGGCCCUGAACUGAGGCAAAUGGAUGCAUACUACACAAGAGACAAAUAUCCUCACUGAAAAGAUUGAUUUGCAAGUAUAAUAAGCUUGAAGGUCAGAUUUUUAGUUGCAUUUUUAACACCUCCUUACGGAUUUCACGUAGCUGAAAGCUUCUAUGAUGCAGGGAUUAGAAAAGGCGACAUGAUAAUCUUAUGCAACGCAAGAAUGUCAUAUGCAUUUGAUUGAGAAACCGAUUUGGUCCAGCGACGAAAAGUCACUGAGGUAUUUUAUGGUGCGAUUGCUGUUGCCCAAGCUGAGUGAAUUGGAGAAUAUGGACAAAUGCUUGUAAGAGGCUAUUUAAAGGAGUAUGUAAACCAAUUAGAGUUUCGCUGCUUAGCAUUUGAUUCUGCAAUGCUACUUCUAAAUAGCAUCUCAUUUACUAUAAAACAAGGUGAAAAUGUGAAGGAUUAUGAAAUAUUGAACGCAAACAUAAGAAAACAAAAAUUUUUAGGCUGCUCUGGGACUGUGUCAAUUGAGCCGGGAACUAAUCAAAGAAGUUUGCCUACUUUCGGGAUUUUCAGCUUAAGGUGAAAUGAUACUACUCAGAAGCUUUACGAAGAAUCGGUGGGGUUGUAUGAUCUCAGCAGUGUACAAUUAAUUACUUUUUAUAGCCAGAUCUUAUGAUAUGAUAACACCACAAAUCUGCCUUCAGAUUUAAUUAUAUAUGAAAAUGGCUGCCCAUUUCCAGCUAAAAUGAUUCAUAGGUCUAAAGCCGGUGCCGGUAUGCUAUAUGGAAUAUCGAUUGGGCUGAUAGUUAUCACGAUUAUUGAAUCCUUUUUUAUAUGAAAUAAAUUUUUAAAAAACAUCAGAAUACAGAAAUUAAAAAUAUCUGCAUAUGUUCAGUUUGAAGAUUACUUCAUGAUGGCAAUUUUGGCUAUAGAUUUUUUCCAAUUUAUUUCUCAAGGACCUGAUAUAAGUGGAUUACAUGAAUGGCUGUCCUUACUCUGCACCUAUACAAUGACUAACUUUGAUUCUACCGUUACAGGUGAUAUUUAUUGGGUUUAUUUAUAUACUGCUAUGGCUAUUUCUUGCUUUUGAGUUUUUACAGCUUUUUUAUUGCUUUAUCAGCUUAAUGAAUUUUUUAGUGAAAUGCUAAAACGCGUGAAAAAUAUUUCUUUACUUUUGCUUCCUAUAAUUGGAAAUAUAGUGUUUGUGCCAAUGGUGUCAGUGCUCUUAAGCAUUUUUCAAUGUGAUCAAGGAAUUAGCUCAAAAAUUACAGAUUCUUUUAUAAGAUAUGAUUGCACUACAUAUUGCUGGGAUAAUAGGUAUACUUUAUGAGGAAUUUUUGCAAUUAUUUCCUUGCUAGUUUAUAUUCCUUUAACUAUUUAUUUAAGAUAUUAUUAUGAAAUUGUUAAUGAUCAUAUUAACAUCAGAACGAAUCCGAUUUUUAUUAUAGAAAAAGCAAUCUGCCAAAUAAUUAUUAUUUUUAUGAGCCGAACAGUCAAAGAGUAUAACGAAUCUUUGCACGGACUUUGUUGUUGCAUCCUUUUUAUUACAAUGAUUCUGCUGUGCUAUAAGCAAGGCCCUUAUAAUUAUCAUAGAAUGAAUCUUUGAAUUAGUAUUUCUUAUCUGGCUAUUCUAUGAAGUUUUAUUUUGUCAAGUACUUAUUGACUCACAGAAAUUGAUAAUAAAUUAAUUUUUAUAGCUUUACAAUGUUUAGGCUGGCUUAUCUUAAUAGCUUCAGGUAUUGCUAUUCAAUGCAAGUGAUACCCAAACCUAUUGAAUACUGAGAAGGUUGUUGACAUUGCGAUUUUUUUUAAAUUUGAAAUAGGAAAUAAAAUUACAGCUGCUGAGCUCAAUAGAAUGAAAAAAGAGAUAAGUAAUUCAAACUACUCAACUAAAAGCAAAACAUCAAAUAUAAAUUGCACUCAAAUUAUUCCAACUAUUAACGAUAAUAUUAUAUCAGAAUAA